AUGCGAUUACCAACAUUUGAAGUGAAGUCAGUAUUGGCUAUAGAGAAUGAAACAUUACCACAAUAUUGGUCAGUUGAAUUGACAAAUACAAGUACUCCAGCUUAUAUUAAUUUGGCAGCUAUAUUUUGUGAUUCAAUUUUAAGUAGUUUGAAACUCGGAAAUCCAUCAUUGUCAAACGAUGCAAAAUGUACUAAUGUUACAUUCACACCAGUUGAGUCCUCAAAUCGUCUGAAAAGACAGGUAGACGCGACCUUAAAUCAAAAUAGAGAACAAGGUAUUCAAGGAACAGCGAAUAUAGAAAUUCCAACUCCUCAAGGAAAAGAACUGACUACAGAAGCAUUUACAAAUAUUAUUAAUUCUGGUAAUGAGAAAUCAGACAACAAAACCGGACUGAAGUUAUCUAAUGUGGAAACUAAAAUUCCAGAAGAUCACACCGGAACUAUCAUCGCCAUAGCUGCUGCUGCUGCUGGAAUUUUACUAAUUGCAAUUGUUAUUGGAAUCAUUUAUAAAUAUCGUCAAAGAAAUGCCGCUUUAACAUUAAAUCAUCUUAAAUAA